AAUAAUGUUUAUUAAAUAUUGAGUUGUUUAAUUUAUACAACUUAAAACUUAAUUAAUCCUCAAAUUUAUGGUAAUAUUUGGAAGUAAUAAAAAAGAAAGAAUGCAAGAAAAGUAAAAAGAGAAAGAAAGAAGAGGCAGUGUCCCUAUCUGAUCUCAACAUCAGUUUUAGCCUGUAUGUAUGUAGUCCAUCCUCUUGACUCUCUCUUCUUCUCUUUGCUUCUCUUCUUUCUCUCUCUCAACAAUGGCUCAUCUCUUCAGAGACCUCUCAUUGGGCCACUCCAAGAGAGACUCCACGCCGCCGCUGCCGCCACCGCCGAUAAUGCCUCCCAAGCCCGCCGCCGUCACCGCCGCCGACGACCUUCCCUCUCCGCUCGGCCAACUCUCCGCCAGUCUCUCCGAUUCCGACCUCGCGCUAACGGCGUACGAGAUCUUCGUCGCCGCGUGCCGCACCUCCUCCGGCAAGCCUCUCAGUUCCGCUGCCAACCACUCCUCCACCAAUUCGCCGAGUCAGAACUCUCCGAACUCGCCCGCGCUCCAGCGAUCCAUAACCUCCACAGCCGCCAGCAAGGUCAAGAAGGCCUUCGGUCUGAAAUCUCCCGGUUCGGCCUCCAGAAAGAGCCCUGGCUCCGGUUCGGGCCAGGGAAAGCCCAAGCGCCCUCUCACCGUCGGCGAACUCAUGCGCAACCAGAUGAGGGUUUCCGAAGCCAUGGAUUCGCGCGUUCGACGCGCGCUGCUCAGGAUUUCCGCUGGCCAGGUUGGAAGAAGGAUUGAGUCUGUGGUGGUUCCGCUUGAGUUGUUGCAGCAGCUCAAGGCUUCGGAUUUUACUGAUCAGCAAGAGUACGAUGACUGGCAGAAGAGGACCUUGAAGGUUCUGGAAGCUGGUUUGAUUUUGCAUCCUCACAUGCCGUUGGAUAAGUCCAAUUCCGCUGUGCAGCGUCUGCGGCAGAUUGUUCAUGCUGCAUUGGAUAAGCCUAUAGAAACCGGGAAGAAUACUGAGUCUAUGCAGGUUCUUCGUAGUGCUGUUAUGUCUCUUGCGAAUAGGUCAUAUGACGGGUCUUAUGUUGAUUCGUGCCACUGGGCGGAUGGGAUUCCUCUGAAUCUGCGGCUUUAUGAAAUGCUUCUGCAAUCCUGCUUUGAUGCUAAUGAUGAAUCAUCGAUUAUUGAGGAAUUUGAUGAGCUAAUGGAACAAAUCAAGAAGACCUGGGGAAUCCUUGGAUUGAAUCAGACGCUGCAUAAUCUCUGUUUCACUUGGGUUUUGUUUCACCGGUUUGUCGUGACUGGCCAGCUGGACUUGGACUUGCUGUCUGCUGCUGACGGCCAGCUGGCGGAAGUUGCGAAAGAUGCAAAGACAACAAAAGAUGCAGAAUAUUCCAAAGUUUUGAGUUCUACAUUGACUUCAAUUAUGGGGUGGGCUGAGAAAAGGCUCCUUGCUUAUCACGAAACUUUUGACCGGGGAAAUGUUGAAACCAUGCAGGGCAUUGUCUCUUUAGGGGUAGCAGCAGCUAAGAUUUUGGUUGAAGAUAUAUCCAAUGAGUAUCGCCGGAGGAGAAAAAAUGAAGUCAAUGUGGCACGUGAAAGAAUUGAAACUUACAUCAGGUCAUCACUGCGUACUGCUUUUGCCCAGAUAAUGGAGAAAGCUGACUCCAGCAGGAGAGCGUCCAAAAAUCAGCCAAAUGCUCUUCCUGGCCUUGUCAUCCUUGCAAAGGAUGUAGGUAGCCUGGCAGUCAAUGAAAAGCAAGUGUUCAGUCCAAUACUUAAGAGAUGGCAUCCUUUGGCAGCAGGUCUUGCUGUGGCCACCCUUCAUGCAUGCUAUGGAAACGAAUUGAAGCAAUUCAUAUCAGGAAUCACAGAAUUGACACCUGAUGCUGUUCAAGUUUUGAGAGCCGCAGAUCAGUUGGAGAAAGACCUUGUGCAGAUAGCUGUUGAGGAUUCAGUGGAAAGUGAAGAUGGUGGUAAGGCAAUUAUCCGUGAGAUGCCUCCUUACGAGGCUGAAGGUGCAAUUGCCAAUCUUGUGAAAAUAUGGAUCAAGACUAGAAUAGACAGACUGAAGGAAUGGGUCGACAGAAAUCUGCAGCAAGAGCUGUGGAGUGCUCAAGCAAAUCAGGAAGGAUAUGCCCCAUCUGCUGUUGAAGUUUUGCGAAUUAUAAAUGAAACUUUAGAUGCUUUCUUUCAGCUUCCAAUACCGAUGCAUCCUGCAUUGCUUCCUGAAGUAAUGAAUGGUCUUGACAGAUGCCUUCAGUACUAUGUUAUCAAAGCAAAAUCUGGCUGCGGAUCACGGAACACAUUUCUUCCAACAAUGCCUGCGUUGACCAGAUGCACUAUUGGUUCAAAGUUUCAGGGCUUUGGGAAGAAAAAGGAUAAAUCUCCAAAUCCUCAGAAGAGAAAUCCUCAGGUUGCAACAAAUGGGGAUAGCUCCUCGGGAAUACCCCAACUCUGUGUUCGCAUAAAUACUUUGCAAUGGAUCCUGGGUGAAUUUGAUGUUCUGGAAAAAAGAAUAAUUACCCUUUUACGGAACUCUGAAUCUGCUCAUGUAGAAGAUUUUUCAAAUGGAUUAGCAAAGAAGUUUGAACUAUCUCCAGCUGCAUGUCUUGAAGGAAUUCAGCAACUCUGUGAAGCUGCAGCAUAUAGAAUUGUCUUCCAUGAUCUAAGCCAGGUAUUAUGGGAUGGUUUAUAUGUUGGGGAUCCAGCAUCUUCAAGGAUUGAGCCAUUUCUUCAGGAACUUGAGCGGAAGUUAAUGUUCAUUUCAGAUACUGUUCAUGAAAGAAUUCGCACACGAAUUAUUACUGAAAUAAUGAGAGCUUCCUUUGAUGGAUUCUUGCUUGUAUUGCUUGCUGGAGGUCCCUCACGUUCUUUUACCCGGAAGGACUCUCAGAUCAUAGAGGAUGAUUUCAAGUUUCUCAAGGAGUUGUUUUGGGCAAAUGGGGAUGGUUUGCCUUCUGAAUUAAUAGAUAAAUUUUCAACUACUGCAAGGUCUAUCCUUCCCCUUUUCAGAACUGACACAGAGACCCUCAUUGAGCAGUUCAAACGGUUGACCAUGGAGACAUAUAAAUCCUCUGCCAGGUCCAAACUCCCAUUACCUCCAACUUCUGGACAGUGGAAUCCAUCAGAACCAAACACAUUGUUACGUGUUUUGUGCUAUAGAAAUGAUGAAUCAGCUUCUAAGUUUCUGAAGAAGGCAUAUGAUCUGCCUAAGAAACUUUAACAACCUUGAGAACCAGUUAAUGGAAUGGCAAACUGUGAUGUACUGGGAGUGGGAGAUGCAUUCUGUUUAAUUUGUCUGGUUCUGCUGGUAUAUAGUACAACGUUGUCCAGCAGGUAAUUUAUGUGAAUUGUUGAGCAAGAUUUACGUCAGGAUGCGACCAUCCUGUAAGACAUCGGGAAUAUUGGCCAGAGGCUUAGUGCUACCGCCGUGUUCUCCAAGUCCGAAGUUAGGCAGCAUAAAUCUUGGCCAUGAUUAUGGCUGACUUAUUUGCGAAGGUAGUUGAAUAUUCUUUCUGAUUCAUUAAUUAUUGGAUGAUUAGAGAUAUCUCACGGUGGUUUAUUCUGUGUUUAGCUUAAGUUUUCCUUUUACCUUCUGAGGCUGCCCUCUCUCUCUAUAUAUAGUAUGAAAAUGGCAUCUAUGUUCUCAUUAUUCUUUUGUUAAAUUCCUUUGGAUUGGGUUGUCCCUUUUACUAGUAUGAAAUGCAGGCGGUGUAUAAUAGCCUAUUUGUUGAUUGGAAGUUUCUGCAACUAUUUCUUAGUAUGAAUGAAAAGGCCGGCAUUGAUUGUAAGCUGAGAUUUAACAUUGUACAUAUGCUAAUUCAGCACUUUUUUAUGUUAUACAUGUCCCUCUUUAGUUAGA